UGGAGGGAAAAUUUUCAGGAGAUAAAUCCAAGUCUUUACCGACGUCGCGUAACCGUCGUGCAGCUAAAUCCAAAACCGCCAGAGACUCCGGUCGGUCUUUGCUUCGUCUGUUUUACAAAACCGGGUUUUGGGGGGGGAACCGCGGGAGCCCGUGGCGCGAUGCAAAAAUCCGGGUCAGGCGGAGCCGAGGAGUCCGGACAGUCGCUGGUUUUCUUUGACCUGGAGACGACAGGGCUGGGUCAAGGCUGUGACAUCGUCCAGCUGGCUGCAGUGAGCGGAGGCCACUCUCUCAACCUCUAUGUCAUCCCUCGGUGUCGGAUGCAGCGAGGGGCGUCCGAAGUCACCGGCCUCAGGGUUCGCAGACAGAGGCUGUACCUCCAUCGCCGGCUUGUCCUCACCAACUCCCUGCGAGAGGUCCUGGUCUCCUUCAUAGCUUUCCUCCGGAUGCUCGGACGCCCGCUCGUCGUCGGCCACAACAUUCGGCGCUUCGACUGCACGUUGCUGGCUCGGGCUCUGGAUGAAAUGGACCUGAGGGCAGAGUUCGAGUCUUCGGUCUCGGGCUGUGUCGACACUCUGCCCCUGGCCCGUGAGAUGCUGAGGGGCCGCUGCCUCCGGAGUUUUCGACAGGAGAAUCUGGUGAGGGAGCUGCUGGGUGUGAGCUACAAGGCCCACGAUGCGUUGGAGGAUGUGCGGACACUGCGGGCGCUCUAUGAUGUGCUUCAGCCCACGGCAGAGUUGGUUUGUAGGCAUAUGUUUACUCUGGACACCAUGGAAAGCAAGCCGGCCGGGACAGCUGCCAAAGCUAAAGCGCCAUGCAAGAUGCCAGGACAGCACUUCAGGCAGACAUUGAAGGUCACGGAGAGCAAAGCAGAAGACCAUAAUGGAGAAAUCAGUGGAUUAUAAAAUAUUUUACAUCAAUACUGAGGCUUUUUAAAAAAUACCCUUAACCAAUGAGACCAUAACCCAGAAGACAAGCAUUCUCCUCCACACUGUACAUUUUACUUCGUGUGCCCCACAGCAGAACUCAUGAAACUCGCCGCAUUACUUUAUGGUGCAAAACAAGGGGGAGGGGUCUUGUUCUUCCAGCUUCCUCCAGUUGUUGAUGGUGGAACAUGACUGAUGGGCAACGAUAACUUCAAACAUGCCGAUCUUCUCUAGUGAGGUACAAAGGGAAAACAAGAAAACUCCGGCAACUAUUUGUGGAAGAUUUUGAAAUGUGAGGGAAGGGUAAAGACACAUAGUGCCACCUCACCCCUCUGCAGCACUUGCACAUUAGCCUAUUAGGGUCUUUAGUUCUUCUACACUUCUUUGAUUAGCUUUGUCCAUCUGCAGUUUCAAAUCUGUAAACAUCAGAUGAGACAUGAGCGUCUGUUGCAGCUGCAUUAAGACUCUCGGCAUACAGUCGUGGGACUCUUCAGUUGGCUUUUGAAAUCAGACACUCUUAGCUACAUCCUCGAUAUUUAGUUCAGUGACAACAAACAGGCAGACUGUCUCUGUCCAAAAUCCGUUUUUUU